GGACGUAGGUGUCUGUUGUAUUAUUAAAAGUUCAGAUAUCACAUACAUUCAAUUAAGCUUACAAAGAAGCCUAUAAUAGUGGCAGAUGCACGAAUCCAUCGACUUGAAAAUCCUUGUAAUGAUAGGUCAGCCUACUAAGUAUGUUGGGAUGAAUACACGCCCCUUGUCACUUCAGACCCACCAUCCCCGUGAAAUGCGACGCUGCCUGGCUGUCGACUGUCUAUCAUCUAGCUUGUGCUUACGGCCCCACCUUCGACUUGUAAGCAACACGCUUAACGAUGGUGAUAUAAAAGAUGGCGAUGGUUCCAAGCAAUAGCGAUAGCAAUAUGAACCAACCGUACCUGCUCAUCUUUCACGUUCUCUACAAACGCCGUUUACGUAUGAGAACCUCUAAACAUGGACCACAUCACCCAUGUUCCCCUCCCUAAUCUCACGUUUCAGGAUGGAGUGAGCCCUGAAGAUGUCGACGCCGGUCAGAUUGUGGAAAGUUGGAUCUCAAAACUGAACGAUGUCUUCAAGACAAAGUCAUUCGACAAUCUUUCUGAGCUGCUUAUCGAAGACUGCUGGUGGAGGGACAUAGUUGGCCUGACAUGGGACUUCUCAACGAAGCACGGCCAAGCGGCGAUCAGCAAGUAUCUGUCUAACGCUACCAGCCAUCUCUCAAACAUACAGACGGAUAAGUCCACCGGGAUGGAGCCCGCGCUGGUGAAUACCGGUGGUAUGGUUUGGGUACAAGGGGGGUUUACGUUUAGGCAUCCUCAUGGCGAGGGUAAGGGUUUCGUCAGACUGGCAAAUGUGGGGAAAUCUGACUGGAGGGCAUGGAUUGUCUUUACCCAGCUGCUCCAAUUGGACUUCCAAAAGGACCUAGAAGCUAAGCUCAAUGCGAGCCAUGCAUCUGCAGCUCAGGCGCUGGCUGCUACGGAGGAGACCCAGUUGGAUGAGGAUUUGCAAGUCUUGAUCGUGGGCGCAGGUCAGGCAGGAUGCGGACUAGGCGCACGCCUGAAAGCAAUGGGCAUCAACACCCUUCUUGUCGACAAGAGCGCUCGAGUAGGAGAUUCAUGGAGGGAGAGAUACCGCGUCUUCAUGCUCCACACGCCGAAAUACACCGACCACUACCCCUUCCUCAAGACGCCAGAUAACUGGCCGAGGUGGAUCGGCCGAGACAAGGUUGCCGACUUCCUCGAACACUACAGUCAGAUAAUGGACCUCAACGUCCAGCUUAAGACUACUGUAACCAAGGCAGAGUACGAAGCAGAUAAAAGGAGAUACCGCGUCGAGAUAGAAGGGCCAGACGGCGCGAAAAAGAUCCUCACCCCCCGCCACGUCGUCCUCGCCGCCGGCCUCUUCAGCAAGAAGCCCGUGCUCCCGGACAUCCCCGGAAAAGACCUCUUCCGCGGCCAGCUCUACCACUCGCUCUCGCACGACUCCGCAUCCGACAUCGCCGACCUGCCGAACAAGAACGUUGUGAUCAUCGGCUCCGGCCCCAGCGGCCACGACCUCGCCUUCGACUUCGUCACCAACAACGCCAAGUCCGUCUCCCUCGUGCAGCGCAGCCCGACGUUCUCCCUCUCCGCCGACACCGUCGAGCAGACGCUGCUCGCGGGCUGGAACACCCCCGGCGUCGCCCUCGAGGACGCCGACGUCAUCGGCAACUCGCUGCCCACGGCCGUCGUCCGCGCGCUCAGCGUCCCGCUCUCGCACAUGAUGUGCGCGCGCGACCGGGACAUGAUCGACCGGUUGAAAGCCGCCGGGCUCGCCGUGCGCACGGGCGAGAACGGCGUCGGGCUGGCGGAGUUCCAGCUGAUACGCGGUGGGAAGUUCUACGUGGAUCAGGGGGCUAAUCAGAUGAUCAUCGACGGAAGGAUCAAGAUACUGAGAAGCGAGGGCGGGGUGAGGGAGUUCACGGGGAGGGGGGUGGUGUUGGCGGAUGGGAGGGAGGUGGACGCGGACGUGGUUGUGCUGGCGACCGGCCAGCAGAGGGCGCUGCUGAUUGUGAGGGAGAUCAUGGGCGAUGCGGUCGCGGAGAAGGUCGGGGGCUUGCAGUUCAUGGACGUUGAUGAGGAGCAGGAGCGCAAAGGGUUUUGGCGGCCGACGGGGUUGCCGGGGUUCUGGUACAUGAGUGGUGCCUUGAUGUGGUGUCGCCAGUUUUCUCUGUCGCUUGCGCUGCAGAUCGCGGCUGUUGAGAAGGGACUGAAUCCGGCGCAUUACGACCAGUAGGUAACUUGGGAAACAUGGCUGGCUAUCGGUUGCUGGCCUUGCAUGGUAUUGGUAAUGGUGGCUUUAGAAUAUCUACCUGGAGCAUACGUACCUACUUAGGCCUUUACUGGGUAAGUAGGCAUGUAGGAUGGUAAGUAGGCAAGUACAUAUCGGCAAUGGAGUACAUUGGGUUUCACAUCUCUCAAGUGAAUAAUAGGUUCGCUAUAGCGGACGCAACACGUGGCAUUCAGUCACAUCCAUGAGGUUUUUAAGUCGGUGCCUGAGUCAACCCCUAUUAUUUCAGGUCCCACAUUUAUUAGCUAAGAACUAUCUUGUUACCUAGUCAAACCCAUUGAAGCAAAGGAAAGAAAAUAUCAUCUAAUCCUUCCUCUCAGGUACCUACUCUGCGUGUAUUUAUCUGUUUCCGCCAUUAUUGCCAUUGUACCGUCUGUUAUCCAUGAUGUCAGUGAAGUAGUGACCCUCGUGAACUUCUUCACGCAGCUGCCUCCAGGUCAAGCCUGUCCAACAGAUAGC